AUGGCCACCUCUACCGCAAAGCCCGUCCUGCCGCCCUUGAAGACGCCCGUCUCGGCCACCUACCCCUCCGAGCUGUGCAGCCCCUCGCUCCUCAAGCGCGAUGACGGCGAGAAGACGCCCAUUACGCCCCCGCCGGCCUACGUCGACUUUCUCGCCCUCAUGAGCCCGGCCCCGACGUCCACCAGCGCCUCCUUCUCCUUUGCCGACAAGCCAGACUCGCCCGCAACCUCGCAGCCUUCCUCGAGGGCAAGCAGCUGUUCCAAGCCCGAUCCCGCUCCCGUUUCCGCUCCCGUUUCCGCUCCUGCCCCUUCGUCUGCCCGCAGCGACAUGCGAGUGACAGUCCCGCCGCCUUCGCCUUUCCCACGGCCCCUCUCUGCCCGCACUCCUCGUCUACGCAUUCCUCAGAGCCCAUUCUCUGCGGGCCUCCGCUCUCCCAUGAGUGCCCAUUCGCUGCACUCGCCCUACAGCGCGGCCUUGAGCCCCGGCGUCUGGAGCUUAGACGGCAAAGCCAGGGACGGCAGCUCGACGCGCGCAGUUAGCGUUAGACAAGUCGUCACGCGGACAGUGACCUACUCCCGCUCCCCGCUCGAAGCAAGCAACGUUGCGCAACUGGAUCCUGCGCCCAAGGGCAAGCGGCGACGAAUCAAGUAG